GGCAAAAUGGCUAUGGGGAAGAGAUGGUGAAGUGUAGGUCUUGUGGUUAGGUAAUCGUUUGAUUUUGUUCAAACUCUCCAAUGUUGCGAUCUGUCAGUGGGUGCUUGAGGGUCGCCCUUGGCACCUUCGGGAUAAUCUUGUGUGUUUGCGUAAGUGGGAGCCAGGAAUCAGACCAUUAGAUAUUGAUAAUACUGCAAUUACUGUGUGGGUCAAGUUAUUGAACAUUCCAGCUGAGCUCACAUCUAAGGAAGGGCUUGGUCGAAUAGCAAGUUCUUUAGGCAGGCCUCUGGGGGUGGAUUUACAAACUAGGAAGAGUGCUAAAGUCAGUUGUGGCAAGGUUUGUAUUAAAAUUAAGGCAAUGCAUAAGCAGAUUGAUAAGUUGAGUAUCACUCCUGAUGGGAUGAAUGAGAUGUUGAUUGAUGUUGAAUAUUGUCAUCUUCCCAAAGUUUGUUCUUAGUGUGCUUGUUUUGGCCAUGAUUGUGAUAUUCUUGAGAAUGGGGCUAGAGUUUGGGUAAUGAAGAACCAUGUUACUGGUGAGUUGAAGGAUGGGCCAACAUUACAGAAUCAGAGUCAGGAUCAAGCUGCACCUGAAGUUGCUGAAGCUGUUGAGGCUAUAGUGGACAAAGGGAAAGUUGUGGUGGACACUGAGGGAUCUGAACCUGUAGGGGGAGUACUAAUGCAAAAUGCUACUCCUCCAGUUGAAGUUGAAACUCAUCAAGAUGAGGAUGGAUUCACAGUGUUAGCAGGAAGAAUAAAACGAAAGCAGUUCAAGGGUCUGGGUCAUAUGCAUUGGCGGUAAGCAAAAAUCUUGAUGUUAUUGCUCAAUUAACUCAACCUCGGUCUGUGGUUCGAAGUUUGGUUCCUCUUUCACCUCCAAACGGCAGGGGGAGGGGGUAACACAAAGUUAAAUGAGCAUCCGUAGCGGGAAUAUCAGGAGAUAUAACUCCCCUAAUAAGCACUCUGCUAGCAGGUGAGGAGGUUUAAGGUGGAUAUGGUGGGUUACUUGAAACUAGGGUAAAUAUAACUAAUAGCAGCAAGAUAGUGCUUUCGGUGAUUGGAGUCAUAUGAAUAAUUAUAAUAAGUCUCAAUCAGGGCGUGUUUGGCUUCUCUGGAGGCCUGGUAUUACGGUUACUAGAAUUGAGGAAGGAGAACAUUAUUUGAAGGUUCUAGUUCAGGAGACAGUCCAAGAGAUUCUGAUGUUUGUGUACAGCCAAAAUAAAGACACUGAUCGACUUACUCUUUACAAAGAGUUGUUGAGGCUUAAAGAGGGGCAGCAUUUUGUGUGUUUUUAAUGCCAUAGAUGAUGUACAUAAAGCUUCAAGCUCCCGAGACAUUACUCAGAGUAUGCAGGAUUUUAGAAAAUGGAUUCAGAAAUGGAGUUAGUAGAUCAUAAAGUUACUGGGGGCUGGUAUACAUGGUGGAAUAAGCAGCGCGGGAACCCUAUUGCUCGGAGAAUUGAUCGAAUCCUGGUUUUGGUUGGAGAAAUUUUCUGACAGUUUAGCACGCACUAUCCCUCCCGAUGUCUUUGACCACUGUGGGUUAUUUUUAAACACUUCGUCUAAGCUAGCAACCUUGUCAAAGCCUUUCAAGUAUUCCCAAUUAUGGCAAUCUCAUCCCUCGUACAUUCACAUCAUUAAGGAAUCCUAGCAGUUCCAAGUUAGAGGUUAUCCUCACUAUAUUUUGUAUGGCAAGCUUGGUAAAGUUAAAUCUGGCCUGCACAAGCUAAAUAGGGAAGAGUAUUCAGACAUUUCAGAACAUACUAAAUUAUCUGAGUUGGCUUUGGAAUUGUACAGAUGGAUGUUCUUGAGAAUCCUACUCUUGAGUUGGUUGAGAAAGAGGUAAAGUUGGGGGUUGAAUAUGCUAAUCUUUGACAUGCUGAGGAACAUUUUUAUCGACAAAAGUCUAGGGCAGGUAGGGUUCAACAUGGAGAUUCGACUUCUGAGUUUUUUCAUAAGACGGUGAGAAUCCAAACUCAAAAGCAGCAGAUCACAAGGUUACUUGAUGCUGAGGGUAAGGAGGUAACUGACAUUAAACAAAUGGUUGUUGUAGCAAUGGAUUUCUAUAAAAGUUUGAUUGGUUCUGAGAAUAGUGAAGUCCAAGUGCAGUUGGUUGAGUAUUUUUGCUUUAUUCUGCAGCAUAAAAUUUCAGAGGAGGAUAAAAUUAUGCUUAUGGUUGGUAUCUCACUUGAGGAUAUUCUUCAUGUUUUUAAGCAGAUGCGCAAGGAUAAAGUUCCGGGGCCUGAUGGCUUCCCAGCUAAUUUUUUUCAGAGGCCUAGGAUAUAGUUGGAAGGGAAGUUGAGGAUGUUAUCUUGAGCUUCUUUUCAACUAGUCAUAUGUCGUCAACAAUUAAUUCUACCUUGUUCACACUAGUUGCCAAGUUACCAAAUGUUGUUCGAAUGUCAGGAUUUUGUCUGAUUUCAUGUUGUAACACUAUCUACAAAGGUAUUUCUAAACUCAUUGCUAAUAGAGUUGCUAAGGUGUUGCCCUUAAUUAUUAGUAAGUCCUAGGCUGCUUUUGUGAAGGGUCGAUCGAUUGGGGAAAAUAUUCUUCUAGUCUCCGAGCUAGUUAAGGAUUAUCAUAUAACCAUUUUAUCUUCUAGGUGUGUUGUUAAGAUAGACUUAAUGAAGGCCUUCAAAUUCG